AAAUACCCCAUCGUGCAACCCCUCGUUACUCCGAUCAUCCCUCAUUACUCCGGUCAUCCUUUAUUGCUCCGAUCACAAAUCUGGUUCCUCGCACAAUAAUAAUGCCCAAUAGAUCUGAUUCAAAAAAUCAAUUCCUCUACAAAUGUAUACCAGAUCUCAAGGACGCUCCAGCUUGAAGAAUCAGUACAUCGAGUCAACCUUCACAUCAGUUUCAGGUAAAAAUGGUUUCAUUGAGAGAAUUCGUAGAGCAACGAGGUAACCAGGGCAGAGAGGAAGAAGAGGGGGGGGUUUUGUCAGUGGAGCCUAUCACGAUGAUAGUGCCGCCGGAGUUGCAGGAUAUGCCGGAAACAAUGGCGUCAGAGAGCAGCACCAGUUCCAGUGCCAGUGACAACGGUGGCGACCACCCUAGUACAUCAUUGAGCAGCUCGUCCGAGAGGACACCAGGCCGCGAGGAGGAGGCAGGGGAUGUAGUGAGCCAUGUCUCAGAUCGGCCUGUGAUGGGAGAAUGGGAGAGCAGAACCGUACCGGGCAGGUUGAGCAACAUGCGAAAAGCACCGAAGGACCUGCCCGCUGGAUUCAGGUUCAAGGCUGCACUUCAUCACGAAGUAGCAGAUUGUACGCCCUCCGUAAGUGGGUACAGAAGGCUCGAGGAGAUGGUGAGGGCGUACCACAUUCCCAAAACCAUACUACUGCGGACGGGCGGGCAGAACGAAAGGGCGUGCACAGUGUCGCCGACAGGCUGGAUACCAGUGUACGUGGACCACUUCGACGCCGGCCUGCGGUUUCCCCUGCCCGGCCUGGUAUUCGAUUUGCUCGCGGAGUACGAGCUGGUGCUGACGCAGCUGACGCCCAACAGCAUAAGGUUCAUCAUGGGCUUUAUGCUGUUGUGUGCAAGAUUGGAGGUGCCAGCUAAAGCGAUAGUGUUCAGGUCGCUAUUCCAGUGCCGGUUGUGCCCGAACUCACGAGGAGCGAGGUGGUACUACCUCUCUGGGAGAGAUAAGAGCCAAUUGUUCAAGAAUGUCCGGAACAAAGUGGUGAGAUGGAAGAGGCAGUUCGUAUUUGUUCGCGACACGCAGACAGAGAGGAUAAGCAACGACCUCGCUGCUCGGCUGUCAGAAUGGCGAACUCCGAACGCCCACAUCAAUUACCCCCAGCUGCUGCCCCGGGAUGUCGACCUGAAGAACCAGCUGCUUCAGUAUGCGCAGGGGGAGGGUCUUAUAGAUUUAGAAGCCCUGGUUACCUCGGAGCAGCUCGCGGUGUUCGGGCUUGUCGACGUGACAAACCUGUUCAGCGAAGCGCCAACGUGCCCAGAGCUCCCGAGGCCGUGGGGCGAGCAGCGCGCAGCCCCGGCAAACACGGUUUGACGAGCGGCCACCCCCAGC